AUGGCUGGGGGUAGUAGAAGAAGAAAGCUGAAUUUGAGCAAUAUCUAUGGCUUCUCAUGUGGGAAAAAAUCUAUGAUGGAAGAUGAAGAAGAGGUCUCACAGAUUGGUGGACCAGGGUUUUCAAGGGUGGUAUUAUUAGGCAACGACGUCCAUGAAGAAGAAGCCAUGGCCACCGCCGCCCUUAAUUAUAAAGACAAUAACGUGAGAACCACCAAGUAUACAAUUGCCAGUUUCUUUCCCAAGUCCUUGUUUGAGCAGUUCAGGAGAGUUGCUAACAUAUACUUCCUAAUUGUUGCCUGCUUGUCCUUCACACCUCUUUCUCCUUCCUCUCCUAUCACUUCGGUUCUCCCUUUGGUUGUUGUAAUCGGAGCUAGCAUGAUCAAAGAAGCCAUUGAAGAUUGGAGGCGUAAGAAACAGGAUAUUGAGGUAAACAAUCGAAAGGUAAAGGUGCAUUGUGGUGAUGGUAGUUUUGAUACUAGAGAAUGGAAGAACCUGAGAGUUGGAGAUAUAGUGAAAGUAGAGAAAGAUAAUUUCUUUCCUGCUGACCUUCUUUUACUUUCUUCCAAUUAUGAGAAUUCCAUUUGCUAUGUUGAAACCAUGAACCUUGAUGGGGAGACAAAUUUGAAACUGAAACAAGCACUAGAAGUAACUUCAGAUCUACAUGAAGAGGUUAACUUCAGUAAUUUCAAGUCUAUUAUUAAAUGUGAAGACCCCAAUGCAAAUCUAUACUCUUUUGUUGGAACUAUGGAAUUUGGAGAGCAACAAUAUCCACUUUCACCUCAACAACUUCUCCUUAGGGAAUCAAAGCUAAGGAAUACAGCUUAUAUCUAUGGAGUUGUUGUUUUUACAGGCCAAGAUACAAAAGUCAUGCAAAAUUCCAUGGAACCACCUUCCAAGAGAAGCAAAAUUGAAAAGAAGCUGGAUAGGGUUGUAUAUUUCUUAUUCUCUAUCUUGGUUUUGAUUUCUCUAAUUGGAUCUAUCUUUUUUGGGAUUGCAACUAGAGAUGACCUAGAUGAAAAUGGAAGGAUGAAAAGAUGGUAUCUUAGACCAGAUGAUACAACAAUUUUCUUUGAUCCUAAAAGAGCACCCAUUGCUGCAUUUUUUCAUUUCUUACUUGCCCUAAUGAUGUAUGGUGAUUUUAUCCCAAUCGCCUUGUAUGUAUCCAUAGAGAUUGUUAAAGUUCUUCAAUGCAAAUUCAUCAAUGAAGAUGUGUAUAUGUACUAUGAGGAAGCUGAUAAGCCUGCACAUGCUCGAACCUCGAAUUUGAAUGAAGAACUUGGCCAAGUUGAUACCAUACUUUCGGACAAAACAGGAACUUUGACCUGCAAUUCCAUGGAAUUCAUCAAGUGUUCGAUAGCUGGUAUAACUUAUGGUCGUGGGAUCACAGAAAUUGAAAGGGCUAUUAUGGCUAAGAGAAAAGGGUUACCAUUGGUUCAUGUUGAGGAUUCUGCUGAUCAUGAAAACCCUAAUGUUAAAGGUUUCAAUUUUAAGGAUGAAAGGAUCAUGAAUGGUGAAUGGGUUAAUGAGCCAAACUCAGAUGUCAUCCAGAAGUUUCUUCGCUUAUUGGCAAUCUGCCACACAGCCAUACCUAAAGUGGAUGAUGAGAUUAAUGGAAAUAUCUCAUAUGAGGCAGAGUCCCCGGAUGAAGCAGCUUUUGUGAUUGCAGCAAGAGAACUUGGCUUUGAAUUUCACCAGAGGACACAAACAAGCAUCUCAUUGCAUGAGUUGGAUCCCGUAUCUAAAAUGCAAGUUGAAAGGACGUAUAAACUUCUGAAUAUCUUAGAGUUUAAUAGUGAAAGAAAACGGAUGUCUGUGAUAGUAAGGAACGAGGAGGGACAAAUAUUAUUACUUUGUAAAGGUGCUGACAGUGUUAUGUUUGAAAGGCUUGGAAAUAAUGGGAGGGAGUUCGAAGUGCAGACUCAAGAGCAUAUGAAUGAGUAUGCUGAUGCAGGCUUGAGAACAUUGGUACUUGCUAAUCGUGAACUCAGUGAAGAAGAAUACAGAGAGUUUAAUGAGAAAUUCAUAGAGGCCAAGAACCUGGUCAGUGUUGAUAGGGAUGCAAGGAUUGAUGAAGUGGCAGAGAAUAUCGAGAAGGAUUUGAUUCUUCUUGGUGCUUGUGCUGUUGAGGACAAAUUGCAACAUGGGGUUACUGAGUGCAUUGACAAACUUGCGCAAGCCGGAAUUAAAAUAUGGGUUUUGACUGGAGAUAAGAUGGAGACCGCAAUUAAUAUUGGUUUUGCAUGUAGCUUGCUCAGACAAGAAAUGAAGCAGAUAAUUAUCAACUUGGAGACACCAGAAAUUAAAGCAUUGGAAAAAAUGGGAGACAAGUCAGACAUUGCCAAGACAUCAAAGGCAAGUGUUGUCCAUCAGAUAGUUGAAGGGAAGGCGCAGCUCACUGCAUCAACUGGAGGCUCAGAUCCAUUUGCUUUGAUCAUUGAUGGGAAAUCACUUGUCUAUGCACUGGAGGAUGAUGUCAAAAACAAGUUUCUAGACCUGGCAAUUGGCUGUGCAUCUGUUAUAUGCUGCCGCUCAUCACCUAAACAGAAAGCACUGGUUACAAGAUUGGUUAAAGUUGGAACUGGUAAGACAACAUUAGCAAUUGGUGAUGGAGCAAAUGAUGUGGGAAUGCUUCAAGAAGCCGAUAUAGGAGUUGGCAUUAGUGGUGUUGAAGGAAUGCAGGCAGUCAUGUCAAGUGACUUUGCAAUUGCUCAGUUCCAAUAUCUGGAGCGUUUGCUACUUGUGCAUGGCCAUUGGUGUUACAGAAGGAUCUCAUCAAUGAUAUGCUACUUCUUCUACAAGAAUAUCACAUAUAGUUUUACUCUCUUCUUGUUUGAGGCAUACACAUCAUUCUCUGGUCAAGUGGCGUACAAUGAUUGGUUUAUGACGUUGUAUACUAUCAUUUUCACGUCAUUUCCAGUGGUCGCUCUAGGUGUGUUUGACCAGGAUGUCUCUGCCGAAUUUUGUCUCAAGUUCCCUCUAUUGUACCAAGAAGGUAUACAGAAUGUCCUCUUCAGUUGGCUUCGAAUAUUGGGCUGGAUUUUCAAUGCAAUAUAUAGUGGUAUAAUCAUUUUCUUCUUCUGCACAAAUGGAUUGGAGCUUGAGGCAUUCCGUAAGGGAGGUGAGGUUGUUGACUUGGAGAUUAUAGGAGCAACCAUGUAUACUUGUAUUAUGUGGGUUGUGAAUUGCCAAAUGGUAAUCUCUGUCAGUUACCUUAACCUUAGACAACAUUUUUACAUUUGGAAAUCAAUCCUGGUUUGGUAUCUUUUCCUUUUGGCCUAUGGUGCCAUGUCACCUACCAUAUCCACCACUGCCUAUAGGGUCUUCAUUGAAGCCUGUGCUCCAGCUCCCUCAUAUUGGCUUAUCACACUCUUGGUAGUUAUCUCUAGUCUUCUCCCUUACUUCACAUUCUCUGCUAUCCAGAAGCGAUUCUUUCCCAUGUAUCAUGAGAUAAUACAAUGGAUGAGUAGAAAAGAGGGACAAACUGUAGAUCCUGAGUACAACCACAUGGUGCGACAGAGUUUAAUCCGGUCCACUACAGUUGGUUUCACAGCACGGGUAGAAGUUAAAGCUAGACAUUUGAGGGAGAAGCUUCGUCACAAGACAUAAUUACUA